CUCACUACCAUAUAUAUAAAUAAGGCUCCAUGGCAGCUGCAGUUCAUCGCAGUAGACAAGUCUCAGUGUAUUCAGUUCAUAUCUCUCUUGCUUAUUUACAUUUUCUGUCUAGUUCCUCCACGUUAACAAACUCGGUCAUCUCUCCUCUCGGCAUUGCCGAAUCCCCAGAAAAUCUACAUUUUCUCGCCGGCCGGCCGGAUAGUUAUUGAUGGAGAGGGUGGUGGCAUUGGCUUCACAGAUGCCAGUGGUGAUCUUCAGCAAGAGCUCCUGUUGCAUGUGUCACGCCAUCAAGACUCUCUUCAGUGAUUACGGGGCCAGCCCUGUUGUCUAUGAAAUCGAUUUGGACCCUCGAGGGAGGGAAAUCGAGAGAGCUCUCCUGGGGCUGGGGUGUAAGCCGUCUGUGCCGGCAGUGUUCAUCGGCGGCAAACUAGUGGGUGGAGCUAACGAAGUCAUGACCCGUCAACUCGACCGCUCCCUAAAAGAAUUGCUCAUGCGUGCUGGGGCUAUCUUUCUUUAAUAACCCACUGACUCUAUGACUUCUGUUACUUGUAAUAACUCAGAAAUCGUCUCCACUCUGUAGAGCUUCCUUGAGUUUUGCAUUGCAGGAACCCCUCAUUUUGUAUCUCCCUUGUAUUGUUCACUAAUAAACUUGGGCAUUUGUCCUGCUUAUU